AUGUCAGCGCGGGACCUAACCGAGUCGCUUAGGCGGCUCCAGUGGGCCCCUGCGGCUCUCGCUCGUCGCGUGACCGCCGCCGACAGCAUCUGCUCGGUCGUGCCCGCCGGCGCGGAGCUGCGCGACGUCGAAUUGCCGUUUAAUGCUGGCGGGAAGAGGCGCGCCGAGCCAUCGGCGACGUCCCGGCGAGCUCAUGGGCGCUCAAAAGGCCGUUUAAAUGCUGGCGGCAAGAGGCGCGCCGAGCCAUCGGCGACGUCCCGGCGAGCUCAUGGGCGCUCAAAAGGCCGUCCCGCGCUGGCGGGAAGAGGCGCGCCGAGCCAUCGGCGACGUCCCGGCGAGCUCAUGGGCCCCCAAAAGGUCGCACCGGCCCGUGGCUCCGCCGUCGGCUCCGCCGCGAGCGGCGACGGUGAGGCCGCCGGUGCUCGCCUAUACCGGCUAGUGUGGAGCUCUCAGUGUGGUUGCGUGUUGUACUAGUGAUGCUGCACUAGGCGGCCCGUUUUUAGCAAAAAGCAGAUACCACAUAU